AUGACCUCAACGUACGUCGAAGAACCAGAAAUUAAGAAGCCGAACCAGAGUUCAGAGAAGCCGAACCAGAGUUUCAAAGAAGCCGAACCAAUGCUAGAACGAACAGCAUCAUCAGCCACCUCUGGUGGUGACGAAGAAGCCCGUUUCGAAAGCCAAGGUUCAGUUAUCGCCGGUGAUUCUUUCGAAGAUCAUGGCUUACUCGCUGAAUCUCCCGUCAAAGAGGCCCCACCUCUACCACCACCUCCAGUUUUGAUUCAAAAGAGGAGUUGA